AUGUAUGACAUAUUGGUGAUUGAGUUUCCAACUCAGAGGAAGGAUGAGCAAGUUGCCAAGCUUGAUGAACAAGAUGCGAUACUCAAUUUUGUACCUCUUCAAAUGAUUGUACCAUUUAAUGUUUCAACGACAAUAGCUAAGAUUGAUGACAUCAAGAAGAUUAAAACAACUAAAAAGGCAAGUCCCUCUAAUAAAUACACCUCUAUCAUCUAUAAACCAUCUAGUGAACCACAUGUUGAACCUCCUACUAAACUCAAUAUUCGACCAAAUAUUGACAUACAUGCAUUUGAUAUGUUUGUGAAUGAUAUCUUGAAUGAAGAUCAUGGUUCCACUAAAGACUUGAGGGAUGGAGACCCUCAAAAUGAAGAGUCUGAGGUUCAAGGUAAAAAGAGUGUAGAGGUUGAUCAAGACAAUAAGGAUGAUGAUAUUCUCAUUGCCAACAUAAUGAAGAGAAUCAUUAAGAAUGUAACCAAGCCUCACGAUAAUGAUACUCAAGAAAAGGAAGAGGAAGAAGAAGCUGCAGUGAGGAAGAGGAGGAAACUGCAAGUAGGAACUCAUGCUACCUUGGAAUAUGGAGAAGGUUGUCUUUGUCAAUUGGUUAAACAUGUUGAGGGCGACAAAGAUCCAAAUCUCGCAAAAGUCGUGGCGUUAAGAAGAGCCAUGGAAGUCACGAUCGAUUGUUGCUUCAGAAGUGUUCACUUCGAAACUGAUAACCUGAACCUUGCACAUAUUUUAAAUAAUAGCGAGGAAGAUAGAUCCUUAAGGGAGGUGAAAUUUUUUCGGCAAUUUAAGGUUUCCUACACCAAUUGA